AUGGCCUCCCUACGAGCACCCGCGCGCCGCCUGGUCUCUUCAACUUUCCUCGAAACCAGCAAACCCCUCCUCAUCCCGCAGAAACGCUCCUUCGCCACCACGAUCGACAACCCACCACCCCCUUCAACCACCAAAUCAGAACCCCGACCAGCAACCGCCUUCACAGACCGUCUCAACUCCGGUCCCUCAUUCUCAGACUUCGUCUCCGGGAAACCCAAAGACGAACCCCUCUCCAAAGAAGACCUCUACGAACUCCGAACCGUCCAGAUAGGCCCCGAGGGCAAGAAACGCACACACACCCGCCUCCCGGAAUGGCUCAAGACGCCUAUACCUACGAAUGACAACUAUAAACGCAUAAAGAACGAUCUCCGCGGUCUGAACCUCCACACCGUCUGCGAGGAGGCCCGAUGUCCGAAUAUCAGCGACUGCUGGGGCGGCUCUAACAAGAGUGCCGCCACGGCGACGAUCAUGCUCAUGGGCGACACCUGCACGCGAGGCUGUAGAUUCUGCAGCGUGAAAACUUCCAACAAACCCCCGCCGCUCGAUCCCCACGAGCCGGAAAACACCGCCGAAGCGCUGAAGAGAUGGGGCUUGGGAUACGUCGUCCUCACCAGUGUAGAUCGCGAUGACUUGGCCGACGGUGGCGCCCGCCACUUCGCGGAGACGAUCAUGAAGAUCAAACAGAAAGCUCCUCAGAUCCUUGUCGAGGCCCUGACGGGCGACUACGCGGGCGACAUCGAAAUGGUCAAACUCGUCGCACAGUCGGAGCUGGACGUCUACGCGCACAACGUCGAGACGACCGAGGAACUCACGCCCAUGGUUCGUGAUCGACGAGCGAAGUUCAGACAGUCCCUGGCUGUCUUGAAAGCCGCCAAAGAAGCCAAACCCACCCUCAUCACAAAAACCUCCAUCAUGCUCGGCCUCGGCGAGACAGAGGACCAGCUCUACCGCACCUUGAAAGAACUCCGCGCCGUGGACGUCGACGUCGUGACGUUCGGGCAGUAUAUGCGGCCGACGAAGCGACACAUGAAGGUCGAGGAGUACGUGACGCCGGACACGUUCGAGCUGUGGAGGCAGCGGGCGUUGGAUAUGGGAUUCUUGUAUGUGGCGAGUGGGCCGUUGGUGAGGAGUAGUUAUAAAGCUGGUGAGGCGUUUAUUGAGAAUGUGUUGAAGAAGAGGGCGAGGCAUAAUACGCUGCUGAGUGCGGAGAGGGUGGGGGAUUUUAAGGAUAUGAAGAACACAUAG